UUUUACGGAUAAUGUACCCUUGUCUUUAUUAGCUGUUCAUCUUUCUCUAUCCAUCUCUCAGUAUAAAUACAAACGAACGUAACUUCAUCACCUUCAAGACAAAUACUUGAUAACUUCUUUUAUUUAAUUUAAAAACCUCAAAAAUUUCUCAAAAUCAAAGGUUUAAUACUUUACUAAUGGCCAAGUUCGGAAAGCUAACAAAGCUCAUAAAGAAAUGGCCUUCGUUCACCAAGAACCACCACCCAACCACCGAAUCCUCCUCCUCCGUGGCCACCAGCAAGGUCUCAAAAUGUGACGGUGAUCUUCAACUGGUCUACGUCGGGAAGUCUCGGAGACCUUACAUGCUUAGUUCCAACGUCAUCAACCAUCCGCUUGUCCAAGAACUACUUGAUAGAUCAUCGAGAUUUAUAGAAGAACGUCACGAUCAAAAGACUGUCUUGGUAGCUUGUGAAGUCGUAUUGUUCGAGCACUUAUUAUGGAUGCUCGAAGACAGUUUCUCCGAUCACGACGAUGAUGAUGAUCGCGAGAUAGGAUCUGUCCAGGAGUUGGCUGAGUUCUACACUUAUUGACGGCGACGUUAUACUUAUUUGUCUUAAUAUAUAUUUUAUUUAUUGAAAGUUUUUAUUUGUUCCUACAUGAUCCAAUGCGAUCCCCAAAACAUUAACUUCGGUUUUGUUUUCUAAUCAUUCUUAGGACAUCUUCCCUAAUCAUACUAGAAACUCUAAUUCAGUCAAUAAUAAAAUUUAUGUUUUAAAUUAA